UGGGGGAUACACUUGUACUGAAAAAAAAGUUGUUCUCAAAUUCACAGUUUCUAAACGGGAAGAAGUAAUGGGUGGCUUAGAACAGCGUUUUCCCGUUCCCUUCAAGAAUUUAUCAGUGGAAAUCAAGGGGAACAACACGGAUCUAGUCAUUUGCCGUUACGAUGAUCAUUUUCUUGUCAUGGCUACCCAAAUCGGAACUAUGGGAACAAUACUGCAUGCAAGAAAAGAGGAAGGGGUUACGGUCGAGCCAACUUUCAAUGUGUCUGUAAUAUUUGGCAAACGUGAUGAGCCAAUGCUACUGGCGAUUGCCCGUCAGCUCAUCGAAAUCAUAAGUUCGUCUGGGUCAUCUAUGCCUUUAGUUCUUUCUCUCGGUCUCAAAGACCAUAGCAUGGAGACACUGAAGGGCAUUGUUUCAGCUGUGGUUGAGAACCGUCUCUGGUAAUGCAUUUAUGCUAGUGUUUAACAGUUUUUUGUGUCAGGGUGUUUGAUUGUAUUCUAUCUUCACGAUCAACCUAAACCAGGUAUCAUAUAGCGCAGGUCGGUUUCGAAUCACGUUAUAUAUAUUUCAAUUCAAUACCUUAAAAGAGGAAAUGAACCUGAUGUAAUUUUGUUAUUGGAGUGGUCAUAAACCCUGAAUUUCUCUCAGUUA